UCAAUUGUCAAAACAAAAUGUCAGAACAAAAAUUCAGUGAAAAUCGUAUUUACUAUUUUUCAAAUUUCAGAAAGGCUUUGAUCAAACAAUAGUUUUUCAUGGAUGAUGGUGUAUUAUAAUUUGUAGUCUGAUACAAAAGCACUAUGUUUUAGCUAAACUAAUUAAACCGUUAUCCGUAAUAAAGCAGUUCCAGUUUUGCUUUUUUUGUGUCGUUCUUGAAUUCACGAUCACAAUUGCCCCGAUGCCUGUAAGCAUCCAGACUCUCAAGACAACAUGUAUGACAUGUUGUCGGAAUUUCGAGUAUCAGAGUUUGAUUCGUUUGUGGAUAUAUUGAGACUGUCUCCUCGUGACGCUUUAGACACAUUCGGCGAGAUGUGGUACCCAGUAUUUUUGUGGUCUCUGUGCUCGUCCGUAUUCGUUCACACUUGUGCAGCGCUCGUUGCUUUUGGUACCCUCCGGAAGCACAAAUACGGAAAGUUUUUCCCUGUGUUACUUAUAGUGAUGGGUGUGGUGAGCCCUGUGACCUCAGGUGUAGCCAGUAGUGCCGCUGUAGCUUUCAUUUACCGUGCCGCAAACUUAGCCAUGCCUCCCAUACACGCCAUGAUAUGGGGCAUUGGACAGACUUUACUCGGAGCUGGUAUUGGCUUCACAAGGAUUUUAGCUACACUGUAGUAAAAGUGUGAGAGUAACAAUGGUAAUGGUUUGAACAAUAUAGAGAAGUUUAGGAUUACAGUAAUGUCAAUUAUCAUAGUAUAAUAGUAUGAUAAAACAAUCUUCAGUCAUGGUGCUGAAUUUUGCAUGAUUUCCUAAUGUGUUAGCAUCAAUAAUUUUAAUUAUAAACUGUAUAAUUAUAUGAAAAUACUCAUUAGUGUAUCAAAUUAUGCUCGCUGUUAAGUGACACCUUUCACUCUUCAUAAAUAGUAAGUAAGCCUUCUGAGUAGUAAAAAUGUAAAGGAACUUUUGAUAUACAAUUGCAUAUAACUGUAGUAUAGAAGUAAACUAUUGUAGUAGUGAUAGCACAGUGGCCAGCAAAUAUUUGUGUCGUAAGAGAUCCUUGAUUAGGUUAUUUGAAUUGAUUUUAUUGUAAAAAUUUAGGAUUAUUACAAUUAUCUUACAAAUAUGACUGAGUUUGAACAUUGUUACUAACUUUAAAGUAGUUUAAAGUAAAUACUUUGAAGUCAGUGGCAUGCAGGUAGUAUGAAAGGCACUUAACUCAAGAAUUUCAAUACAUAAUUUAAAAAAAAAAAUGGUAAUUUUUAGCCUGCCUCGACUAGAUGUAAUGCACACUUCAAGCACAAUAUGCAUUCCCUGAGAACUUAAUUGAUUACUAAUUACAUAUACUUAACAAAAAAUCUAUUAUGUUUUACAAUUAGAAUGUGAAAGCAAUUGGUUUGAUUCAGCUGCAUUACUUUAUUAUUGAUCUUUAAUUAGACCCACCGAAAUAUAAAAAUUAACAUUUUACAUGGACUGUAUAUUAUUAUAGCUUUAAAAGAAUUACAUAAGUGCAAUGGUUUUAUUUUGAGUAUUGUAAAUAUUAGCCAAAAUUUAUAAAUAUAGGGAAUUAAUUGGCAAAGACAUUUUUUGUGUAUAUAAUCUGGAGAAUUAUUUAUUUUUUAAUAUAGAAUACUGUUAUUGCUUUAUUUCAUUUCCUAGUGUACUUAUCAAUGAAUACUUCACCUACCUCUGUUUAGAAUGAAUAUCUUAUUGGAAUUUCCAAAUGGAGUUAAUGACGAAACAAAAUUGUUGAUAAAUAAUUGUUGAAUUUUGUUCUUUGUGGUGGUACUAAAUUCACUCAAAUAACACUGAAGUAUGUAGUAAGUGCCUAUACAUUUUGAAUUAAAAAAAAAUAACGAACUAUAGCUUAAAUAAUAUUUUUAUUUUAUAUGAAUAGAUUCAAUUUGGUACCUAUUUAUUACUAAACAUCUGUUCUUAAAUCUAAAACACUUAUUCAGAAUGGUGUUGUAAACAAUGUAUAAAUUAUUCUAUAGAUUUGCUUGUGUGCAAAAUAUUAAAAUGAUCAUCAAUCUCACAAUUAGACAUUUAUAAUCUGCAAUAUUAGCUAAGAUAAUUUGGGUGUAUCUGUAUAGUAUCAAUUUUAUAUAGGAAAGUAUUACAAUGAUGUAUCAAGUUUUUAAUAUCUAUCAAAAGGGAAAGAAUAAACUUGGUUUUUAAUAUA